ACCGAGCGGUCAACACAGCGUGCCAUAUUUACUAACGACGUAAUUCAUUUCAUUUUUCUCAUUCUGUCUUAAAGCAUGGCACAAAGCAAUUCCUUUUCUCCACGAAGAUCAAUACCAAUAAGGCGUGUUGUUCUAAGUGACGCUUCACAGCUGCCCAAUGAUUAUUCAACGACUCCAGGAGGAACUCUUUUCUCUACCACUCCCGGAGGAACAAGAAUAGUGUAUGACCGUUCAUUUUUGCUCAAAUGCAGAGAGUCCCCUCUCGCCCAAAGCCCUCCAGCUAACCUUCCGGAUAUUCCGGGUGUGACUACUCCCAGAGAGGAAGAAAACAAGGAAAAUGGAAGGAAGGAUAGACAACCUAGCGAGAGCACUGAAACCGUUGAUGAACCCCAAUUCGCAAUGGACGUAUAA